AUGGCACAAUCCGGGUUCCUUGUACCAUCGAGGUACGUGGCAGAAGUCCCCACCGAAACGGACUUGAAUAUUGCCAGUAUUAUCUGGGGGUUUUCUCUCGCCUGCAGCUGCUUCACUUUUGCUAAAGCGUCACGCCAGACAUGGACUUCCAUGCGGCGGAUUAAAUCAGUUAACGCAUAUGUAAUCAUGAUUUGGGCUGAAUGGGUUGCCUGUCUUAUAAUUUCUGUGAUAAGCUGGUUGUUCCUUAGAGGCGUGAUUCCAAUCAGCUUCUGGUUUGCUUUCUCUCUUCUCUGCCUAUGGGUUGUCCAAAUUCAAUGUAUCAUGCAAAUAAUCAUCAACCGUAUUGCACUUCUCAUGGUCAAUCAACAGAAGGCAAGAACGAUCAAAUGGAUUGUAUUUCUGAUCAUAUCAGCCAUUAACAUUAGUGUCUUCUGUAUCUGGAUUCCGGCAAGACUACAGAUCAGCGACACGUAUGUUAGCGUCAACAACGUCUGGGAUAGGUGUGAGAAGGCUAUCAUCGCCGUAAUAGACAUGGGGCUCAACUUCUAUUUUAUUCACCUGAUCCGCGCGAAACUUAUCUCGAACGGUCUUACCAAAUACACUAGACUGUUUCAUUUCAACUUGGGCAUGAUAUGUAUCUCUCUGGCACUUGACGUCAUCCUCAUUGGUGUCAUGUCUCUUCCCAAUAGCGUUGUCUACGUUCAGUUUCACCCUCUCAUCUACCUUGUGAAGUUACACAUCGAGAUGAACAUCGCUGAUAUGAUCGCGCGGGUUGUGCGUGCUGCGAACCCACACCACACAGGAUCAUACGACAAAUCCAACUCGAGACGAUACGAGGGGGGGCACAAAAUGACAACUCUGGUUACAACACGACAUAACAACGCUUCGCAUGCUAAAGCUGACGAGGGUAAUGAAGAUCAGUAUCCUAUGGAUGGUAUCAAACGGACUAUCGAAACGCAGGUGGUACGUGAGCCCAAGGUACAAGACGACGACGACCAAAGCGAAUCCAGUUCCACACGUGAGCUGCAGAAGCAUUUUGCCAUUGUAUAA